AUGGGCAGAGCUCCAUGCUGUGCUAAGGAGGGGUUGAAUAGAGGAGCUUGGACUGUUGUGGAAGACAACAUUCUCACAGAUUACAUCCAAACUCAUGGUGAAGGGGGGUGGAGGAGCAUUCCUAAGAAUGCAGGUCUUAAGAGAUGUGGAAAGAGUUGCAGACUGCGGUGGUUGAACUAUCUGAAACCCGACAUCAAGAGGGGCAACAUAUCCCAUGCGGAAGAGGAUCUCAUCAUCAGGCUUCAUAGGCUCUUAGGCAACAGAUGGUCCAUGAUAGCAAAGAGACUUCCAGGCCGCACAGACAAUGAAAUCAAGAAUUACUGGAACACCAACUUAAGAAAGAAAGUAAAAGGCAAGGAAUCCAACAAGGUUGAUGAACCAGCUGGAGUCAUUCGGACCAAGGCAUUUAGGUGCACUGGGGUUUUCAUCCCUCCACAGCCCCCCAAAGAGGAGACUGCUACUCUUGACACAAUGGUGGUGCCAGAAGAACCCUCCAUGAUGAACCAAGAUUUGGUGAAUAAUGCAGCAACAUCUUUGGAAUCACAAUCUAAUGAUGGGGCCUUGUCCAUGGCUGUGCCAGACAUGAAUUCAUCCGAUUUCUCUAUGAACUUUGAUAUUGGAGAUCAUUCCCCAACUGAUAUCUUUGAUUCUGAGUUUUGGAAGGCAUGCAACCUAGACAAUGUCCUGGAAGAAGGGAGUACCAGUGGUGAUACAAAUGACCCAUGGCCUUCUUCAGACCAGUUUCUUAUGUUCUCUGAUGAGAUGAUCAAGGAUUGGAUAAAAGAUGAUUGA